UCUUCAUGCGUCGAGUAAUUAAAUUGUUAUCAACGAUCCAAAGGGACGAGUCACUAUUGAAAAAAUAUGUAUUUAAAGAUGUUUUAGAUCGGCCAAUUUAUUUUAAAUAAUAUUUUUCAAAUAUGUAGAAUUGAUUUGAGAAAAAAAAAUCAAGAACAUGGGACAUUUAAUUGUUUAAAAAUCCUCGCGUUAAUUGCAGCGAAGACCAAUUAUUUUAACGAAUAAAGUGAACUAUAAAUACAACAAAUAAAGCUGCAGAUAAUUUUAAAAAAUGAUUAAAUGAAAGGGUAAAUCUACAAUUGAGAACUGCGAAUGAAGAGCACGUGAAGCUAUUCAUCGUAAAUUUUGAAAAAAAAAUGUAAUCAGAAUUUUCUAACAAUGAUUUGACUGGCGAAAUAUAAAAUUCAAAAAUAAAUACUUCCCUAAAGUAGAUGAAAGAAUUUUUUUUUCUCUCUGGAUCGAGAUAAUCGAUUUUUUAAUUUCGAAAAAAAAAACACCGAACAAAGAUGUCUGUAAUCACGUACCGUGCCACUUAAAAUAAAUCAAAUAGUCACUCACCACCGGAAAUAAUUUCAUUAUCAAUCCGAAACCCGACAAUUCACGACUUCAUAUGCAAAAUACGAAUCGAUAAAACAGCAAUUUUUCUUGAAAGAUAAAAAAAAAGAACACAAAUUUGAGGCCAUUGCGCCCGACCAAUAUAUCUCCCCCGAUCAUUGCAUUACAUGAGUUUAUGAUCGUCUGGAGUCGCUUGGAAUGCGUGUGCAUAUCGUCGGCUCGAAAAACCGUCAGACGACGGAUGUCCUCAGCGAGAGACCCUCAUCAGUCUCGCCCACAUUCCGUCGGCGGAAGGAAGUGCUUUCGCUCUUUAGCCGUUGGAGAAUUUUUUUUUUUUCGCCCUCCCUUCCCCUAUUGAUCUUUUACCUUUAGCCGUAACCUUGCGCCGCUGGCUUUUUAUUUGCCGAAGCGUCAUAACGGGGACGUGCAGACACGCAAAAGAAUUAUUAUUCACGAUUUUAUUUAAUCUUUUUUAUUUUACGUUGAUAAUUUUUUUUAUUCCUUUGCAUUCGGUGGUACCACUUGACGUAAUGGGACAUUUUACCGGAAAGUGAGAUCGCGAUUCUUCAAUUUGGAAUUUUUUAAAAAUUUAUUUAGUAUUUUUUCGCACUCAUGAUUUGUGUUUUUUUGCGGUUGGAUUAUUUAUUAUUAUUUUCACAUUCGUUUCGAUGGAAAUUUUCGCGGGUGGGCGACGUUGGUGACGCUUGACGUCGGAGGAAACUUUUCGAAAACGUGAUUGAGCUGAGGGCUGCGGCUGCGGCUGAAACAUCACAAAAAUGGAGACAUGUUUAGACGGACCAUUUGUCUUCAGGCUCAACGACAGUGGAAGUGCACCUCACCUCCUAGUUCAGGUAUGUACAGAACGGGGCUGGCGAGAAUACACUGGUGACACGAAUAAUGCGUUGAAAGAUCGUUGGAAUUUGUGGUGGAAGUCAGGAGGAUUCCCCACAUCGCACUACAAAAGUCUCCUGCCCUGGCAAUUCAUAAACAGAAUACCAAAGGGUAGCUCGAUAUGCAGAAAAGACAACCUCGUAAGGCAUCUCAAGUGUAUGCGACAGGUUUAUGGAUCCAUCUAUGACAUCAGUCCUCCAGGUUACAAUCUACCAUCGGAGUACACGAAACUAGCAGCUGAUUGCAGUCGAUGUGAAAAGGAUGACAGGGUGUGGAUAUGCAAGCCUGUGGGACAGAGCCAAGGACGAGGGAUUUUUUUAUUCAGGAGAUUGAGUGAUCUGAGUUAUGACAGUGCAGCUGUAGUCCAGCGAUACAUUGAAAAACCCCUUCUGAUUGGGGGCUACAAAUUCGAUUUGCGCCUGUACGUCUGCGUUCCAUCAUACCGACCACUGACCAUCUACCUCUACAAAGAAGGAUUGGCAAGAUUUGCCACGGAAAAAUUCUCCCUCGAGAACUUGGACGAUCCAUUUCGUCACUUGACAAAUUUCGCCCUCAACAAACUCGGGCCCGGUUAUUCCCAGAAAAAAGAACGAGUCGGUGCAGGCUCAAAGUGGAGCUUUCGACAAUUGCGAAGAUACAUGGACCAAUCUGGCUUCAACGACUGGUUCCUCUGGCAGAGGAUAGCCGCAUUAAUUACUCUGACUGUUCUAAGUCAAACUACCGGGAUACCAAAAUCCUCAAAUUGCUUCGAAUUCUUUGGCUUCGAUGUUCUCAUCGAUGCCAACCUCAAGCCAUGGCUUCUCGAAGUCAACGUGAGUCCAGCACUGGGGAACGAUUGCGAGGUCGACUCGGAAGUGAAGAAACCACUUCUUCAUGAUUUGUUCGAUCUGCUCGGACUUCCUGUGUGCAAUACUGGGCUCUCACUGUUCAAAAUUUGGUCGGCAUCUAGCCCUAUCGUGGGCAACUGCGACGACCAUUAUUGUGCUUCCAAGUAUUACCAACCGCGGUGUUCUAAACGACGCUGCAGAGUCGAUGACUCUGUUGGCUUCAUCAAUUCACGACCAGAAAGUGCAAAUACGUUGCGACGUAGAACAGAAGAUUUUUCACGCUUCAAUUCCCUCUGCGUCGACAAAAAUAUCCGAAGGGGUUUCAAAGGGAUGAAUAAAUCAGAGCACUCAGGUGGGCUCGUUUGGGACAACGGUAGAGACUGGGGCAAUCCGAAGACGAGAGAAGGUGGUUGGAUAAGGACUUAUCCAUUUAUGAGUCACAAAUCGUUGGAUAAUAUGGAAUUUUCGAGUAGAUCGAGCCCUGGCGAGCCAAGACCUGUGGAAAAAGAAAUUAAGAAUAGUGUUCUCUGCAUUCAAAAAUUCAUAAAAGUCGCUAAAGAUAUCCAACGAGAAUUUGGCAAAGAAGGUGACGUCCGAUGCAACGAAAUCUUGAGAAGAGAAUUGGACCUCACAACUGAUGUCUGGCUCCCGGAGAAAUGACAUGACGUGUACAAACGCACCGUCCGGUGUUCAACUUCACCCAGUGUUUCAAAUUUUUGAAUAUAAAAUGUACAUAAAAAUAAUGUAUCGAACUCUAUCACCUCACAUUCCCCUGAAAUUGUCAUUCUCCCACACUAAAUAAAUUCAGCUCUUCUGACCUAAAUUAUUCGACCUUAAGUACAGGAUGUGGAGGAAAUAAAUCAAAACAAACUCGUUUACAAAAAAUCCGCCAAAACAUUGGUUUAUUGGACUUUUGUUUUGUUUUCGUCUUCUUUUUUAGCGUGGUAUUAUUAAAAAUUAGUUGACGCCCUUGGCCGCCAGCCUCUUGUCGCGUUCCUCAGCAAUGGAGAGCUUGACUCCCUUGCCCUUUGGCAGACUGAUGUAUGCCUUAGGACCUUUGCCAAUAA